AUCUGUAAUUUUCUGUAAUUUAAAGGAUAAUUACGAUAGUAUGGAUAAUUGUAUUUGUAUAAAGAAAUAUUAGCGAGAACAAAUCUAUCGUAUAAUUUAUUAGUAGUUUGGUACAUCUGCAGUAGUACAUAAUUCUAGAAACGAGACCUUAGAAGGAUUGGAGAUUAAAACUAUAAAAUGAGACGCUCGAUUUUAAAAUUAUACAAAGAUUUGUUACGGUAUGGCGACAAUUUGAAAUAUACAGAUAAAGAAUACUUUCAGGCAAGGAUUCGAGAAAAUUUCAAACAAAAUAAACACAUCACUGAUCAAGUAGAAAUUGAAUUUCAAUUACAAAAAGGACAACAAUUUUUGCAGAAUCAGCGAGUAAUAUAAGUCUAUAA